UGUCGCAGCGGCCCACGCACACGCAUCAGCUGUUCAACAAUCAAUCAGCUGUUAGUGACGCGAUGGCCAACGACGACAGGACACUCGCUGAAUCCUUCAUCGGCGCUUCGCCGUUCCUUAUCAAAGUACUUGAAUUGGUGGUAGCCUUGUUGUGUUUGGUGCUGAUCUACGUACCGUUCGACAACAGACUCCAGACCAACCUGAACCAUGUCGGCAUCGUUUACGUCACUUACUGCUGUGCUGUCAUUGUAAACGGAGUCCUCAUAGGCAGUCACUUACAGGGCGAACGAGUCCCGCAGAAAACUCUGUUCAUCUUUUCCACAGUGCUAGGGAUCCUGUUUUUCAUCACAGGCUGCGUAGUCCUUAACGAUUGGUGGACUCUGAUGCACAGUCUCUACUUCCAUCCCCCCAAAACAUUCCUUGACAUGAUGAUUUGUUCGGGGAUCUUUUCAAUACUCAACUCUCUGACCUUCUUCACCGACAUUUGGUUAACAUACCGGUACGGGUGAUGGAGUUUAAUUUAAGAGAUUUACCAAUGUAAGCCCAACUUUUUUAUGUAACAGUUAAGAUAAUU